CAUGGGCCACCGUGGCGGAAAAUUGCCGCCGCGAUGUCCACACUUACCAACCACACUAAUAACAACAAUAACAACAACAACAGCGCCAGUAUCCAACAACAUCAAUUUUCGCCUCAAGGUGCAACGCCACCAACGUCGACAUCCACCAGUGUCGUUGGUCCAUCAGCUGCGGCAACGAGCAACAGUUUCAACAACAACUUCCACGCAUCCGACUGUAUCAACAUUAUCAACAACAACCUCAACAGCGCUACUAGCCAAAGCCAACCGACUGCAACGACUACGUCAACAACGGCUAGUAACAGUAGUAGUAGCGGUGGCGUCGUCAGUGGGAUUCUCGGCGUGCAGGAAUUUAGCGCCAAGCUGUUCCUACCGUUUUCCCGCUCGAAGAUGAUGCAUUCGUCAUCGAUCAACGCCAACACCUCGGCUGAUCCAUCCACCAUCGACACCAUGGAAGGCUCAAUGGCCGGUCCGUCGAAGGGCGCGACUGGUAUUAUUUUUAAUAGCGCCGGCAGUUCUGGAGCGAGUCGCGGCUCCACCCUGGUCAUACCAGAGGCACUGAAUGUGGUGCUACAUGGUUAUCAGCGCAAGCAGAAGACAAACAAAAAGAAGUACUUCGUUGUGUACGGCGAUCGGCCGGGAUUGCCUGCUCGUCUCGAGUACUUUGACAGUGAGAAAAAGUUUAAGCAGUCGUUCUUGAAAAGUGGUAAUUGUGAGGGUCCGACACCGAAGCGCAGCAUCGUGCUUCGUUCCUGUUUCAAUAUAAACAAACGCCACGAAACGAAGAAACACGUCAUCACACUGUACACCAAGGACGAUUACUUCUGCAUUUUGUUCGAAAGUGAGGACGAGCUAAAUCGGUGGCUGCGGACACUGUUGCGGUUGCAGCGCGGUGAGGAAUCGGAAGGAGAUCCCCCCAAACCUUCAUUCGAGCACAUUUGGGAUGUUUACGUGCAGCGCAAAGGUCUCGGCGACAGUUACGGAAUCCUUGGCAACUAUCGACUCUGCAUUACUGACAAAAUCCUAUCAUUGGUCCGCAUCGGAUCGGACUUAACGGCCCACCAGGAGAAACGGGCCGAUUUGGUCGAGUUUUCGUUGGCAUCCAUACGACGGUGUGGACAUUCUCAGCGCUACUUUUACCUGGAGGUUGGUCGUAGCUCAAAAACUGGAGCGGGUGAAAUAUGGAUGGAGGUACAGGAUUCCAUCAUCGCGCAAAACAUGUACACUACUAUCAUGAAGUCGGCAAAAAGUAAAGACGAUAACCUCGGACCCAUGAUACGAAUACGAUCGUCUUCGGCGAACGCCGCCUCGAAACCCACCUCGAUGUUGUUCCGCCGUCAAACGCACACCGGCCAGAAACCGAUGAACUGCUCGCCGUCAAGUGAGGAUCAGUCAAACAAUGCUACAAACUCCGAAUCCUCGUCGUCGGCCGCCAGCAUUAAUACGGUCGUGCUGGUCGGUUCGCCGCCGAAAGGGUCCGGAACGAAUAAUUCUGGAGCACCGAAUUCGAAACCAAGAUCAGUAGUAGUAGCGAAUCCUAACCUACCGGCCUGUGCGGAAAAUAUUCCGCUCGGAUCGUAUGCUACCACCUCCUCUUCGAAGAACGCUACUGCUACUUCUGCUAAUCCCACCAACAACGCUACUUCUACUUCCAUCGCCACAACUAUUACUACUAUAACUACUGCCACUUCCUCUACUGUCACUGCUAGUAUGGCGAAUUCUGUCACUACCAAUUCCUACCAUGCACCUACGAUCGUUUCUUUUGCGGGCCACACGCAGACCAACUCCUUGACAGCUGCUAUCUGCUCUACGUUCGUCAGUACUCCUGCUGCCAUGUUCACCUGUUCGCACAGCAGCACUUCCUCACUAACGAGCAUCGGUUCCUGUUCUCCGAGCGAUGCGUACGUUCCGCUUGUACCCGUGACCGGCGGUCGCAGUACCAGUCCCAAUCAGCAACCUAUGUCCGCCGUGGCUUCCGGUGGUGUUAGUGGUGCGACCGUCUAUGUGUCUCGGGGUAGUUUAAUCGGCUCUCCACGUCUCGGAGUGACUGCUCAGUCACCGAGCUAUCGGCGAAUGUCGCUCAAGAAAUCCACCACCGAAAGUUGUGGUGGUAGGACGGCGAAAAUGGAAGCUCCUAACUCCUCGCCGUUGCUGUCGUCAAAGCAACGAGGAGGUCAGACAUCACGUCACUAUCAUCAUCAGCAGCAGCAACAACACCUACACGGCACUGCCAUGCUUCCACCAACCGCUUCCUCCCACCUUUCCCAUAAUCAUACUCUACUUCAACAUCCCCAUCAUCAUCACCAUCCGUACCUUCACCAUGGCACACAAACACCAUUGACCUCCUCAGUAGUAGCGACCAGUGCAGUAGGACAACCAGCAACACCAAGCUCGGUUGCUGGUUUGCAUCAUACUGCUUCUGGGGUGGUUGGUACUAGCAGCUGUAGCAGCAGCAGCAGGAGUAGCAGCAGCAGUAGCAGCAGCACGAGCACCAUCGCCGUUAUCAAUGAUUUUUCGUCCUCCUCGACUGACCAUGUUACAUCCGCAUCCUCCACAGCCGGGGUAGUGUUCCAUCAAAGAGCUUUAUCAUUGCCAAGCGCUCCCAUGUUAGGCCAUUCUCCCCAUAGCAAUACGAAUCAUUUGGGUGCACUCCAUGCUACUGGUAGUAGUGUCCGGUCGUCCUCCCAAAGUAGCGUUUCUGCGGCAGGCUCUGGGCAAGGUCCGGGGUCGACCGGCAGCACCAAUGGGCAGCAGCAUAUUGUCACCCUGUCGGCAUCUCUGUCAACAUCAUCUGCGUCUUCCACCGGGACGAUUCAGCCGGUUCACCACCGUACCCGUUCAUUGCCCCUGACUGAAGAGUCGGCCACUCGAGUCACGAACGAACGAUCGGUAGGGCAUAGUGGAUGGUGGCAGCAACAGCAAACGCAGCAUCAUAACCAUCACCACUACAAUCAUCUCCCGUAUUCCCAGCAGCAGCACUACGCGUCAUCGCAUUCAUUCGCCAGUGCAACAAGUUAUCAUCGGAAGGCGUCUUCGGCGUAUUUACUCACACCGACGCUCACCGGGGGAGGUGGCUGGUCACCACCAGUGUCGGAAGUGUUGUGUACAUCGCCGCAGCGCCACCAGUAUGAAUAUUCCCCGGAUUCCUGCAAUACCCCAUUCGCGAACCUAGUACCAUCGCGUAGCUCGAUGGAAAGUAUCAUCGAGGAUCAGCGGUACCUGCCGAUGGAUCUGAAGAAACCAUUAGUACAGGCCCCACCGGUUGGCGGCCAGAGCGAUAACGCUUCGUCUUGUCCGGAGAGUGGUCAGGCAGGUCAGCUAUCUCUCAUAAGCCGUCUGUUACGCAGCAGUAAUCUGCAGCAACCUUCCGCUUCACCUUCAUCGUCACCAUCGACGUCGUCGUUGUCCGCCGGCAAGAUGGGUCUGAUCGGGCUGAAGAUGGCUAUGAUGGCGGAUGGUGGCCGCACGAUGAUGAUGGGUGGUGGUUCGGCCGGGUCCUCUUCGAACUGCUACACCGCUAACGGCAGUGGCUGUAGUUGUAGUAGUCCCUCGUCACAGUGCAGUACCAGUAGCAAUUGCAUUCACGCCAUUAGUAGCAAUACCACUUCCCAUAAGAGCACGAACGGUUCCUCACCGGCAGCACUGCGGCGCCCGAUCGGUGGCCGUACUGCCAGCGGUACGAUCAGCAGGAGUGUUUCUAUUGCGCGCGAUCGCUCCGGCAGUCUUCCAUCGCGAAAUCGAACGACUAGCGAAACGAUGCCACAUCAGCAGCAGCAGCAGCAGCAACAACAACACCAGCAAUAUCUUAACCAGCAGCAGCAUCAUCAGCUGAUGUUAAACAGUGGUGGUAUGCCACCGCCUCGCAUGAUCCCGAGCAAUAAUCGGCCACACUCGGUGCACAUCAGCCAUAGCCACAGCCCGCCAGUCAAUUCUUCCCCGCUCAGCCCGCCUCCACCCGCCACCUACUCGACCGGUUCGGAUGGGUCCUCUCUCAGCAUCGAUGAGUCGACGGACAGCUUCAUCACUGGUUCGCUAACACCGGACGAAGGCAAUGGCUACCCUAAGGUCAUUAAUCAACUCAAUUCCGGCUGCUCCAUACCGGAGGAAAAUUCGGAAGAGUUCAUCAAGGACUACGGUCAUAUAGAUUUGCGUGCCGGUUGCGGACUUUCACAGCAUGACGACUUCGCGAUACCCGCGACGCGAAGAGGAGGCAGUCCAGCCCCUCCGUCCACGGUCGGUUCGGUGGAGGGUAGUGCAUACAUGGAGAUGUGCAGCCCGAGUGGCAGCUCACCGGGUGAUCCAACCGGCAGCUGUUACAUGGCAAUGUCACCAGUGGCAGACUUUUCGCGAGGGUUGUGUUCCAGUUCUAGUGCCCAUAGUCGUACGUCCAGUCUAGCUGAGGAUAUGGUCGAUGGUGCAGGGUAUGUGCCGAUGAGUAUGUCGCGUGCCAUACAACCAACCGAAGAGUAUGUUCUGAUGGAUCCAACGCUUAACGGCGGCGGCAGCAGUCGACUCUCAAAUGCAACCAGUGGUGGUGGAGCGGGUAAUAAUGGUGGUAGUGGUAUUGGCGGUGGCGGCAUGUCUUCGGCAGCAUCGAGCUGUAGCAUAACUUCCGGAACACCUUCGGCUGAUCUGCGCCUUUCGCUAGAGAAAGUCCCAGCGUACAUUGGGCAGAGUGACGAUCACGAGGUAAACGAUCGGCCAUUCCGAACGUACUCGGUGGGCAGCCGGCCAGAACUCAUAAAGCGUAAGCUGCGUGUCGAAAUGCUUAGCUCCGGCGAGAGCUCUGUGGGUGGAUCGGGUGGUUCUGCUAGUUCCCGGCAGCGCGCUUUCUCCGUCGGUUCCCGUGCCAAAGUACCGCGCUGUUCGGAUGUGUACAAGGGUUAUUCGGCAGCUCCGGUUAUCGUGUCGUUUGCCUCUACCAGCUCGCAGGGAAGUAUGCUGGAAAGCAGCAACAAUAAUAGCUCGAGCAGUACGAGCAGCAUUUCGCAUGCGGGCAGCUUUGGUGCCUCGAUUGGUGAGAAUCUGCCAAUGGACGAACUGGCAUCUGGUACCAUGGGUAGGAAAUCGGGUAGCGGAUCUCUUUUGACCGACGGCAGUGGAAAACCUCCGUCGCACGGUUCGCACGGUCGAAUGAGUGAUUUGAUGGAGAUCGACUACUCGUCGCCGCGCCAAGUGAAACCUUCCACGAGAAUAAGCGAACCAGCCGGUAUGGAGGAUUAUCUCGAUAUGUCUGGCAAUAUCAACAACAACGAGGAGGAUCGGCGACCGAUGAGACCACAAGCUUCCGUUUCCGGUUACGUCGAAAUGCGCCCCGGUCGCUUAAACUCACAGUCAGAAGAGAACGACUAUUUGAACAUGACUCCGGUCGCUACCGCUGCUACCUCCCGAAUCGGUUUUGACGAACCGGACUGUCCGGGAGUUGGUUCAACCAGUUCCCCUAUACAGAUAAGUUCAUCACGCGAAGUCACCGGCCCCGCAGACACCGCGGCUAGUGGAAGCAGUGCCGGACAGAAUAAUAACUACCUCGAAAUGUAUCCCCGUGCACUAGUUAAAGAAACGAACCGGGGCAGUGCCACCACUACGCAAGUACCUUCAGAAGAUUACCUGAAUAUGACCCCGUUGAUGAUCAGUUCGGUCGGAGAGGCCAGUGGAAGCGAGGAGAAGAUGAACACACAUCAGCACGGUGCUGAGGACGAGUCGCUCGAAUCAUCGAGCGCACCUGACGGGUAUAUGGAGAUGUCUUGGAACAAUGGUGUCGUGACCACCGUGCCCUCGUCUUCAUCCUCGAAUCCUCGCAAGGACAGAAUCGUGCCAAUUAACGCGGAAGACUACAUGAAUAUGACGUGCGGUCCACAGCUGGAAGAUGCAUCCCGUGCAUAUUCUGCACCCAUCACCAUACAACCGAGCCCCGGCAAAUGCCGACUCGACCUCAGCGGUGAAUCGAAGGUGGAAUCGGGAACUAACAUCCCAAAUUACCUACCUCUUGGACAGCAUCCGGAUGCACGAAAGUCCGUACAUCAUCCGCACGUUGCACCAGCGACUAUUGUUGCGUUACAGCAACAUCUACCACUGUCCGCGCAAGCACCCAUCCAGACAACCACUGGUCAGCAGAGCGGUUCUAUUGGUUUUAGUCCCUCGAAGCCGGCAGAAACACCCGAACGGUCACGCUGUGAUUCGCGUGACAGUGGCAUCGUUACGCCGUCGGGUAGUCAACCAACCAUUUUUCCUUUUAGUCCAGCUAGUCCCACGAAACCGUUCACACCCGCCUCGAAUCAUGAACAUGACGUACCUAAGGUGGAGCCACUGGAGGAUCUUAGUCAAAACUAUGCCGAACUAAGUAUCGGCCGACAGCAGCUCCAGCAGCAGCAAAAUCAAGUGGACAUGCCAUCACCAACGAUACGAAAGCUUUCCACGGGAAGCAGAGGAUCUGGAUCGUUCAACAAGCUGCAUUUGCCGAGCGCUAGCUUUGGACAGCCAGACUACGUGAACUAUUGUCCAAACACACCGCCUGUCGAUGGUAUGAAUGUGCAGCUAAAUGUUCAACCACCAUCACGAAAUCGUUUCGAGGACGAUGGGGCUGGAGACUACGCGCUGAUGAAUCCGGCAAGUUCACGAAAGCUUUCCACUACUUCAAUGGGAAUGGGAACUUUAGGCGUACACACUUCACCUCUCGCUAUCACGACUCUGGCUACGGGAAGUUUCCCAAGCACAACUGACAGCGUUUCGCCACCGGUGCUGGUGGCACGCAAGUCAACGUUACUACUCUCCAGCCCUCAGAUGGGCUUCAAACCAAUUACCUCGUCACAGGACGCGGAAUUGCUGUCACACAGCAAGCUACCGAUGGGUUCAGCUAACUCACCAAAAGCACUCAACCUCGCACGGCGCACGGGUGAGCCGGUCUUCUCAUUUACCGAUCAACACCAGCACCAGCUGCCACCGUUGCAGCGUAGUAUCUCUACCGGUACGCGUCCAAAUAGUGUCAACAGUGAGUUGAUCGGUAAGGUUGGCACAAUUACGUCCGGUCCAACUGGUUGCACCAUUGCUGCCGGUGCCGGUGUCAGCACGAGGCCAAACUCGGCCAACAGUGAACGGCUUCCCGUCAUAUCAGCUACCUCAUCGUCUGCCUCGUCCACGUCGACGUUGUGCGAAAGCAAAAACCAAAGUCCUACCGCCUCGAGCACGGCCCUCGCUACAAUGGGUUCGUCCUCUACCACUACCAGCCCCAGUGUGCCCGGAUCCCGCCCGGAUUCGGUCAGUUCUAUAACCGAUCCGAAUAUCGUUUCCCGUCCGCCCUCGGUUAGCUCGGAGCGCGAGCUACAUUAUGCUAGUCUCGAUCUGCCACCUUGCAGCAAGCAACCGCCGGUCGCUUCACCGUACGCUCCCGGGACGUUGAUGCUUUUGGCAGGCAAUGCUAGCGGCAACAACAACUCCAGCAACAGCAACAGUACCGGUGGCGUUACGAAGAUGGACGUAGACGAACCGUUACCUGGGUCGAACGAGUCGCGCAGCUCGUUCGACGUAACUAAUUCCUCCAGUCCUAGUCCCAGUUCGAGCGGGUGCAAUCUGCACCAACAGCAACAGCAACAGCAACCGGUACGAUGUGCCGCCUUCACCUACGCUAAGAUCGAUUUCGUGCGAUCACAGGCACAAAAGCAGCAUCAACCACCGGCGGGUCCGGGAUCGGCUGGUAGUACCGGAAGCGGUGGCACCAGUACACCCCAAUCAUCGCAAGCGUAA